AUGGAGGAUAGCCUACUGUCUAUUACCGCCAAUAUUACCGGCAUUCUCACCUUUAUCGCGGCAUUGUGUGCGUUUAUAUACGUUCGGUGUAACACCUUACGAAAUAGCUGGACGGAAAUUGCAACUAUCGUCAACUCCGUCGAAGCCACCAUCGAGGAGACUCGGGCUGUAGCGAAGGCAGAGCCAGUCAUGCAGCCUGGUGGUGAUCCUGAUUCUAGCCGGCUGAAGAGCCUUGUAUUAGAACUAUAUUCAACUGAGCUCGCCAUUCUCGCUCAGUGUAUGAACGUUUACGGCAAGGAUUUAAGAACAAUUGAGCCUGGUUCGCGGCCUUCCGGAAGUACUAGUACCACUUGGGACGACGUGAUGCAGGAGGUAGAGAAGGCCCAAAAGCGAUGGCAGAAUCGAAGAAACUAUCGCUUAAGCGCAAUUCAUCGAUUGUCGAACGUCAUGAUUGUGAUCAUUCAAACCCAUCCACGCGUAGCAUUGAUCUGGGCGAUUAUAAUAUCUAUACUCAGUCUUGGCGCAACCCCAACAAUGAUGCGUUGGUACAUGGUACGAGAGAAGGUCUUGAAGAAGAUCCAGCAAAGGGAGACUAUUCGAUCGCGACUAUUGUUCCAUCAGAUUUCCAUUGUAGCUUCACUGGUAAGAAAUCAAGAGUUUCUGGUUCGUGGCUUAGUGGAAGAGAACAAGAAACUUGAGUCUGAGUUGAACCUGCUGAAUAAUCACGCUGCAUAUACCAUCGAGUCCAUAAAGAGCUUGGCCCGCGACAGCAAUGAGAUUAAGGACCUCAUCAUUCGUUUGUCAAACCCAGCGAACCAGCAUGACAAGGACAGAGAUAUAUUAAUGAAUAAGGAAGAAGCUAAGCAAGAAUGA